GGAUAAGGCAUUGCACACUACUCUAAACGAAGCCACAUGAUGUUAAAUAGUAAAGUUCAUUACCUGACAGUGACAACAUUUUUCAUCUUGAAAACAGUUUUACUUGUCGAUGGACAUGGCCUUUGUGCCGGUAAUUUACACGUUGACCUGGGAUCGAACAAGAAUUACAAAUCCUUUAUGCACUUGGAUACCAUAGGAGUCUUACAGUGCAUCAAUGUAUGCAAGAGAUACAGAGUAUGUGAAAAAAUCCACCACAAUCGGGAAAAAACUGACGUGUGAGCUCAUGAUGACGUACGGGGAGGAAGGCUCUAUGACGUCACUUUUGGAUGUUGAAUCUAUACACAUUGACAGUAGCUCUAACUGUGUACCUGGCAGUUGUUCGGAGACUGAAGUAUGUGUCGACAUGAGGGAUGGCAGCUCUACUUGUCUUGACCUAGAUCUUUGUCCUACGACCGACUGGAAGCAUUUCAACCACAAAUGCUAUUUAUUUUCUGGAACUUAUACAACGGAACAACAAAAUGUGGUGUUUUGUAACUCAUUAAAUGCCACGCUUGUGAGAGUUGACAACGCUGAGGUGAACAGUUUUCUCGUAUCGGAAAUCACAACACGGGGGAUCCCAGACAUGUGGCUUGCUGCAAACGACAAGGUAGUGGAAGGCGAAUGGGUGUGGGGGCCUGGAGAUGAUGUGUUGACUACAAUGUGGGGCCCGGGUGAACCUAACCCGCAUGACAAUAGUGAGGAUUGUGCCGGUUUGCGACGGGUCACAGGACUAUGGGCAGAUUACAGUUGCACAAAAAAUGUACAUGUCGUAUGCGAAGUUCCUUAUGGGUUGUUUCCCUAGUGACUUGAUGCUAAUUGUAAAUCUGAAACUAAUAAACAUCAGAGUUUAUAAUCCAGGAACACUAAAAUGAACAAUAUUGAUCUGUUUCAUCAUUACAUUUUGAUCUCAACCUUUCUUUCAUGAUUUCCAUUUUUUUUUUU